UGACGAUCUUGCCACGAGCCACGAUGGAUCCAAGCGAGUUGAUUCCGCCGCUGACGUGCGAGGCGUACAAGGGGCAACAUGGUAAAGUGGGGAUUGUCGGGGGCUGCGCAGAGUACACGGGAGCUCCAUACUAUGCCGGCAUGGCCGCGUUGAAGACGGGCGUGGAUCUAUGCCAUAUCUUUUGCACUCCCGAGGCAGGUAUUCCCAUCAAGUGCUACAGCCCAGAGCUCAUUGUCCACCCGUACCUCGGCAUGAGCACCAACGACCGCAUUCUGGCGGUCCUGCCCCGCCUCGAUGCCUUGAUUCUUGGUCCAGGCCUGGGCCGUGACCCCAACGUCUUGAACGCGACCAAGUCCAUCCUCACCGCGGCCACGGAGCUGCGCUUACCCCUCGUCCUGGACGGCGAUGCCCUCUACCUGCUGGCGACCGAUGUGACGCUCCUACGGAAUUACUCGAACGCAAUUCUGACACCGAAUGCGAUGGAAUACGGUCGUCUCUGCGUGGCGCUCGGUUUGACCGACGCACUUGACGUGACCGGUGCCGCAUCCAUUUCGGCGCACGACGUCGCAGCGGCGCUUGGCCACGUGACUGUGCUUCAAAAAGGCGCCGUCGACACGAUUUCCGACGGAUAUUCAAGCUCGACGCAAGACCGUUUUCCCAUGUAUCGUCGAUGUGGCGGCCAAGGCGACGUACACGUUCCUUCCUCACAGCGAAGGGCUCACGCGCGGUGCGCACUAGGUCCUGGCGGGAUGCGUUGGUGCGUUUCUCGCGUGGGGUGCCAGUCGUGGGUUCGUCAAGAUUUAAUCGAUUUCUUGACGUGGUUCUCCUACUCGGUCGUUCAUCCUAGCAAACGCAAGACCGCGCCUCGGCCACUGCCGUCGAUGCUGCGUCUGGCCGCGUACGGAGGCUCGCUCGUCACUCGAAAAAGUGCCAGCAUCGCAUUUGAUCGGCAUGGCCGAGCCACUACCACCCCCGACAUCUUGGCGUCGAUUCACGACGGAUUUGACGGUUUGUUCAAGACAUAGCGAGAGCUACCUCGACUUGUGAGGCUCAAAUUGAACCGUGAACCCUCCCCCCGUUCGUUUCGUCGCGUUUUGCUUGAGUUGUCGGUCGCGCUCUGCUUGGACUCGCGCACGCUCUCGUCGCAGGACGUCGCUAGCGCGGCGACGAGUGACUUCGACGCGUUGGAGCUCCACGAGCGAUUCCUGCGAUGUCGGUAGGUGCAGCGGAGGGGCCACCGGGCGGUCGUCAACGCACGGCGGAGUGGACUCUGCCACGCCCUCGGCCACUGCAUCACGUACUUCAAAGGGAGAGUACAGGAUAGGCAUGUCGUCGAGCAAGACGUGCAAGUAUGCGCUGGUUGACGUUGGCUUGACCGCCAGUUCCAGAGUGCCCGGCACUGCGCCUGCACGGACGUCGACGGGAGUCGAUUCAUGGAGCGUGUGGUAUGGGGCGACAUACGCCGUAACGCGGUCGGCGGUGGGGUCGGUUCUAGUGCAGGCAUUUCCGUAGGCAUCGCGUAAUUGCAGGGUCAAGUAGACGACUUCGCGUUGGCGCAGCUGAUGCAAUUGGGACUUGACUUGUCGGAUUUCUGUAAAGUCAACAUGCGGUCGCGCCGGGAGAACGUCGAGCUUGGAUGCGAACAAUUCCACGCAGCCAUCGCUGGAAGAUAACGACGACGUCGCAUGCGUUGGUUCGAGGGUAGCCACAAUCGAGUAUUCGCCAGCGACGAUCAUGUCAAAUGUCGCGCUGGAAUUGGCGGCGGCCACAGGAACCGUUUGAAUCAAGGGGUGCAGUGCAUGCCCGCACCGAACCAACGCCCGUGGACUCAACGUGUGCUCCGACGUUCGUGUGAUAACAACCUUGACAUUAUACCCAUGCAGGUUGGCCACGAUCGCAGCGUCCCAGUCGACGCAGACGACAGCGCCAGCGCCUGCAAUUACGGGACACACACAGACAACUCGACAUGCCGAGAGGAUGUCUUGAAGCGACGGCUCCGUGCGGACGGUCAAGGACCAUGGACUGUCACCGACCGCGCAGUCGUCGUGCAGUCCGUCGAUGCCAAUCUCGAUGGCGUACACUCCACACUCGUCGGGGCACUCGACGGACAGACGACAGUCCACAACGGAGCACGUUUCCUUGAACACGAUCGAGUUGUUGGUGGGGUUUGUGAUUUGCACCACCACGACUGCGUUGGCAUCGAUUUCCGUUGUCGAGUUGCCCCAUUUGUCGCGGAGGACAAGCGCCCCACAGAACCGAGCGUGUGGCGGCCCUUGGAGCUGCCGGUUUGUGGAUGCAUUGGAGUUCCAUGCCACGAAGCAAUGGGACGGGCUCACGGGACCAGGCACAAUGUCAAGCGCCAAAGGACUGUCGGCCACCGGCUGGGUGUUUAACGCAACUUCCAAGACGAAUCGUCCGGCUGUGGCGCUUCUGCACCGACCGCUGUACGAGCCAUCCAUGUUGUCGUCGAUUUCAACGACACAAUCCGGUAUCCACAGCCCCAGCGCGACCUUGGCGUCGUUCGAGUCUUGCAACGAGAGCCUGCCGCUGAAGCGGGACCCUCCCGUCGAGCAUUCGCCCCCAUUCACGUCUCGAGAUUGGAUCGUAAAGCGAAUCCAGGACCCCGCAACGAACGGCGGACGCGACCUGAACUCGAGUGUGGAAGUGGGUCCAAACGCCCCAGUCGUGACAAUCACGUAGUGCUUGCGGCCACAGCACAGCUGACGCACCCGCUUCUUUCCGAAGAAUGCAGCGACUUGCUGCGGCGUCGUCGUCACAGCUCCAGCAUCGUGCGCUUGAUCGCCUGGAAGCCCCCAUGUCCAAACCGAACCAUCGGCCGUGAUGCCAAACACUUGGGCCUGGCUCACGCUCAGCGCAUCCACAGGUGGUAGCCCUGCUACCUUGUGGGGGGACGAGUAACUCGUGUACGAGCCAUCCCCCAUCUGUCCUGCGAUUCCAAGUCCCCACAUCCACACGUCGCGCGUGGUUGUGAUGGCACCAGAAAAUUCUUCCCCGCAAACUACCAUCGCGCAUGGACAUGGCAUUGGCACGACUUCAAACCCGAACAUGUCACGAGAAUGACCAAGACCAAGUUGUCCGCAGCUAUUUGAGCCACUGGACCAUAUUCGCCCCAUGCUGUCGGCAACACAAGUGUGCGCUCCACCGCACGCGACGUGGGUUACGUCGGAGAGGGGUGCAAUGAGUGUUGGCACUUGAACGUGUGGUUGCGCACUGAUGCCCAGCUGCCCCAACGAAUUCAGCCCACACGCGUACAUCCGUCGAUCGGUGGUCAAGAAGAUCGUAUGGGCAAUCCCGCAAGCCGCAGACACAACAACAACGUUGCCGGCGGCCAAGGAUUCGAUUUCCCGUGGAGAGGCCUCACUUGCUAAAGUGCCGUGGCCAAGUUGCCCUUGCCGCCCAAUGCCCCAUGCGUACGUUGCUCCGUCCGCUGCCACCGCGACGGAAUGCCCUGCACCACACGCAACUGCGGCAACCCGACGUCCCAGUAGAGCCGGAACGAGGCGCGGGAUGUCUACCGUUGAUGCGUUGUUGCCGCCAGCUUGUGUUGCGAGCCCGCAUUGCCCGUGAGCAUCGUUGCCCCACGCAUACACGUCGCCAGUCAAGGUAAGAGCUAGCGUAUGCAUCGCCCCCGCCGCGACUUCGACGAUGUCCUUUCCUCGGAAGGCGUCCAGCAUUGUCGGUAGCGAUAGUCUCGUCUUGGUCAUCCCAUGCCCCAACUGUCCUUCAUCGCCACGCCCCCAGCUAAAGACCGUCCCGAAGCCGUCUUGGUGGGGCUCGAAGUUGUUGAAGAGAUCUGCCUUCAUCCUUUGAAGCGUCGAGUCCGUCGGAGACAGAACGAGGGCUUUCAUUACGAGGUCCCGCGCAUCGCGACGACCGGAAUCACCAAGGUGCAUAGCAGCGCUCGACGCUCGAAAAUACCCCGUCGUCCACGUUGGAUGCAAUUCGAUCGCUCGGAAGCCGUCAUCCAACGCCUUGUCAAAGUUGCGUAUCGCGAAAUAUGCACCUGAUCGAUGGCUGUAGAGCAUGGCUAGCAGCUCAUUCGGGUGCGUCGUUGACACCACUUCGUCCCUGGCGCCGCCGUGUGUCGCAUGCCAAAUGCAAUUGGUGUACCAAGCGAUAGCAUCGUGAAAUUGCCCCGCUUUGAAAGCUAUGUCCCCCUGUUGUUUUUCCCAAGACUGAGUCGAGUUGACGGCAUCCACGGACGACGCGGACCCCAUGCAAUGAUCACGUUUCCAAGUUUGGCGGGCCUUCUCAAAAUAUCGCUACUUUCUCCUGUGCAUGGCGAAGUAACGGACCAUGGGGCAUCGCCAAGUCCUGGAACCAGUCAAGGUCGUCGUCGUGUGGCGCCGCGUGGAUGGCAUGCCUGCACGUGCUCGAAUGCACUGGUGGACCGCCAGACUAUGCCACGUGCUGCUCAGCAUGCAUCGUCCCACGAGUGGUCAGGAAUGUUUGGGUCGUUUCGCGACCAGAGGCAUCCACCUUCGGACUGCGCACCCACAAUAUGGUUGGAACAACGCACGGGAACUGCUGACACUGCGUCAUGCGCUGUGUGUGCAGGGUGGAGCUUGCGGCGGCGCAGUCUCAUUCGAACUUGUCGUGCAUGCACCGCGGUUUCCGAAGUCACGUCCAU